AAGGAAUAAUUUUGACAAAUAAAAGAUAUUGAAAAGUAAUAGAAAGCUUUUCAUUACAUACAUUGUGAAUUUUGAGUUAUAAUUAUUAUGUGAAUGAGAUUUUUUUAUAUAAUAGACCGAAUAUAUAUUUUAUUAUAAAAAUUUACUCGUUAAUAUAUAUUAUCCUGAAUAUCUUUAUUCACAUAAAUUAUUCAAGAACACGGAUGCACUUAGCUUUAUGUUGACGCGUAUCUGAUUCAAACUAAAGAAAGAUAGCUGCGUAAAAAGAUCUGUCUAUAGAAGAUUUACAAAUUUUAGUAUGAAAUUUUUUGAUUUAGCAUGUAUUGGCAAAUAUUACGUGGUAAAAAAGGAAUACAGUUAAGUAUGUUUGAAAAGGUAGUUCAGAAGAUAAGUGAGGUUAACCAUAAGUUAAUGAUCUAUAAUAUAAGAUUGUAUAUUUGUUAAUUUGUUUAAUACUAUGGAUGAUUUAAAUUUACCCACACAUACGAAAGAAGAUGAUGAAGAUGAAAAUAAUGAUAAGAUUAUUGCUCUUAAAAAUAGUAUACCAUUCUUGAAAGAGCUCUUUCACAUACAUAAGAAAGUUGGAGAAGGCACAUUUAGUUCCGUUUAUUUAGCUACUUUGAAAUCGUCUAAUGGUUCUAAAAAAUAUGCGUUGAAACAUUUGGUACCUACUUGUCAUAUAGAAAAAAUAGAACGUGAAUUACUAUGUUUGAAGCAAAUUGGAUUUUCUAAUUUUUUUAGUGGUCAAGAUCAUGUUAUCAGCUUAGAAUUAUGUUUAAGAAAUCAAGGAUCUGUUGUAUUUGUAAUGCCAUAUAUGAGACAUGACAAGUUCUCUGAAUAUAUCCAAGAUAUGACAGUACAAGAAACAAGAGAUUAUAUGAAAGCAUUAUUAGUUGCAUUGCGAAGAGUACACAAAUUUAAUAUAAUACACAGAGAUGUUAAACCAAGUAAUUUUUUAUAUGAUCGUUAUAAUAAAAGAUAUUUAUUAGUUGAUUUUGGAUUGGCUCAAAAAUAUACAACACCAGUAUUAAAUAAUCAGAAAUCAGUGAAUGGUACAGUACAGUCUAUAAAAAGAAAAAGAUGUGAUGAGAAUAGCAAAAAAGUAUCUUAUGCUUCUGAAAGAAUGUACACGACUGAUACAUGUUUAUGUUUUGGAAAACCUAAAAUUUGUUCCUUAUGUUUAAUUAAACCUACCCAAGCUGCACCUCGAGCAGGCACUCCAGGAUUCAGAGCUCCUGAAGUGCUAUUAAAAUAUCCAUUGCAAACACCAGCAAUUGAUAUUUGGGCAAGUGGAAUAAUUAUGUUAUGUAUCCUGAGUAGUACACAACCUUUUUUUCGCUCACCUGAUGAUUGUACAGCUUUAGCAGAAAUAAUAUCUAUAUUUGGUACACAGAAAUUACAACAUUGUGCACAAAAAUUAGGUAAAAAGCUUAUUGUUAGUGAAAAUUUACCAGGAAUUGAUUUAAUGACAUUAUGUCAAAAAUUGCAAAAAAGAAAUAGAGAUUUACCACAUACCAGUAAUUGUAAAAGCAAGGUACCAUCAUCGUUUGUACAAUAUCCAAAAGAAGCAUACCAACUAUUAACAAGUCUUUUAGAUUUAAAUCAUAAAACUCGAAUUACAGCAGAACAAGCUUUAGAUCAUCCAUUUUUUAAAUUAUCAUUGUAAGUAUUUUUU